AUGGACCCGUUGUCACGCACCGAGAAAUACCUCUUCCACAAGACCGACUUUUGCUUCUGCUACUCUCACCUCCACCCGAAAUACGCCGCCCUCUACCACCGCCUGCAAAAUGCCACCAUCAGUCACACGAGCGACGAAUCUACACAAGCAGCGUCACUGUUCUCUGGCAUUGAGGUUAAGCCGCCCAAUGAUGGAGCCGUGGAAGCACAGGUCCAGGUCAGCAGCUGGCUGGCGGCAAGUCUGCGCAAGAAGGCAGAUCUGGCCUCCACAGAGGAUUUGCCUUCUGGAUCCUAUCCUCUUCGAAGUCAAUCGCCCCAUACUCCAUUAUGCGUCCCGAUAAGCCGAUGA